AUGUCUUCUCUGUCACGUCGCGCAUGCUACAAAUGUGGCAAUGUCGGGCAUUAUGCUGAAGUCUGCACGUCGUCUGAGAGACUGUGCUACAACUGCAAGCAGCCUGGCCAUGAGUCGAACCAGUGCCCUAUGCCGCGCACUACGGAGACAAAACAAUGCUAUCAUUGCCAGGGUCUAGGUCACGUCCAAGCUGACUGCCCAACCCUGCGCAUCAGUGGCGGGCCUGCGGGUGGUCGCUGCUACUCAUGCGGCCAGAUCGGCCACUUGGCCCGCAACUGCCCUACACCAGGUGCUAGCCCUGCCCCUGGCCCGGCCACCCGUGGCGGUCGCGGUGGCUAUGGCGGCGGUGGAUUCCGCGGUGGUUACAGUGUCGUCAACAACCGAGCCGCAACCUGCUACAAAUGUGGUGGCCCCAACCACUAUGCCCGCGAUUGUCAGGCUCAGGCCAUGAAAUGUUACGCAUGCGGCAAGCUUGGCCAUAUCUCGCGCGAUUGCACUGCUCCGAACGGAGGUCCAUUGAAUGCGGCUGGCAAGACGUGCUACAAGUGCGGGCAACCAGGCCACAUCAGCAAAGACUGCACCGCCACUGAGACCAAUGGUCCCCCAGCGGCUGUGACGAACGGAGCACCUGCUGAGGGUGUUCCAACAGCUCCAGCAGUCGACACUACCGAUAUUCAUACUGCGGCUGCACCUGCUGCAGCUGUGGCAUAA